AUGAUAAUAUUUAACCUAGUUGGAUUCCUAUUUAUAUUUCACUUCCAUUAUUAAAUGAUCCUAGACAUAAUUUAAUUGAUUAAGCAUUAAAAUUAUCAAAUUAUAAUUUUGAUAGAAUUUAGAUUCAAAGAAGCGGUAAUUAAUGGUAAAAUAAAAAUUGUUUUAAUUUUGGAAAGUUAUGAUGAGAUGAAGUUUGAAUAUAUUUAGACUAAUUUAUUUUAUAGUAAUCGACUUAUUUAAGAAUUCAAUAUCUUAAUACCUGGAAAAGAUGUCAAAAUAAUAAUUACUACAAGAAAUGAGAUUUUAACAUCAAUUAGAUAUUAAACAUGGUUUUAUGGAUAAAAUAUUAAACUUUAAAAGAAGUUGAAUUACAAUAGUGCUGAAUAUCUUAAAUAAUAUACUGAAAUAAGUGUAAAAGAACAAUUAAGCAAUUUUAUGAAUUUUUGAAAUAAUUAAAAAUUAGAAUUUUUGCUUAGAUGAAUUUAAAGCAAUAUGGAAUCAAAUUUAUUUUAGUGUUUAAGGAAUAAUAAAUUAAAACAAAAAUUAAGAAAUGAUUUUUAAAAGUGAAGAUAUAGAAAAAUUAAUAUCAAAACUUUAAAAAAUAGAAUUUUUUAGUUAUAUAAAAGGAGAUCAAAUGGUAUCUUUGAAAAAGGAACUUCUUGAAUUAUGGGGACAUAAAAAAUUUACAUAAGUAAUUAGGAAUGUUAAUAUUAAUCAUUUAUUAAGCACACCUUUUAUGAUGGAAAUAAUUGUUUAUGUACUUCCUAAAAUGUCUUUAAUAUUUUCUGAAGCAAAUUUCUUAAGAGAACUUUUGAAAAAAAAUUAUAUGUUUUUGAAAAUGGAAUCCUUCAAAUCAUAAUCAAGAACUAUUAAAUAUGAAUAAUAAAAAAAAAUUAGAAAAUAUUAAUAAUAUUGA